CCGCCAACCUCUACAUCUACAAGCACAACCCCUCCUUCGCAUUUUCCUACACACAGUUCUGACGAUCAACUACGCCUCCACGAACAUCUUCGAAAGACCUCUACCGUUCUUGUACACAGUCAGUCAUUUACACUAAAAGACCAGCUAUUUUCCGGCAGAAUGGGUGCCAAAGUUCCCCGAAACUUCAGAUUACUGGAAGAGUUGGAGAAAGGCGAGAAAGGUCUUGGAGCUGGUUCGUGGAACCAUAUUGAUCCUCUGGUUCUGGACUAUUACUGAGAUACCAUUUGUACUGCAGAAGCCUGUUCCUAUGGUUUGGCAGAAGGAGAUGAUCUGUUGAUGUCUAACUGGAACGGUACUAUCCUCGGUCCACCACAUGUACGCUUCUGUUCCUCUCUUUACUCAAAGCUUUGAAGCGAAGUAUUCUUACUCAUACUUCAAUAUCCAGAGUGUCCACGAGAAUCGAAUCUACUCUCUCAAAAUGCACUGCGGCGACAGCUACCCAGAUAAGCCACCCACCAUCCAAUUCAUCAACCAAGUCAACCUCCCAUGUGUCAACGCAAAGAACGGACAAGUAAGCAACUACUACCACCACGACCACAUCUACAGAUUUCCAAAAAGCAAAGUACUAACCCUCUACAAAAGGUCGACCCAACCAAACUCCCCUGCCUCGCAAACUGGACCCGAGAAAUGACCAUGGAAACAAUCCUAAUCGAACUCCGACGCUACAUGGCCCACCCCUCGCACAAGAAACUGCCUCAACCCGCCGAAGGAUCGACCUACUAGACACAAACCCCCCCAAUAACCAAUCGCUACGAAAAUGCGGCUACGAGCACCAUGAUCCGAAGAGUUGCAUAUUACAUGUCGGGCACAGCUAGGA